CUUCACGGAUGUUGUGCCGAGAUGCAGAUGCGCCGUCGAUUUCCUUGUUUUGUGUUGAACAAUCAAAAAUUUCCAAGACCUCUCCGCCUGGCAGCCUCGUUUUUGCAGUCAAAACUUCGUCGUUGCCAUGGGCUUCGACAUCUUGGGUAGGCUAAGCCAGGCCAGCCAGGCGGCGGAGGACUUCGUCAGUAAGAAGCGGUAUGUGCCCCUCAUUCAUACCCAAUUGCCAAGAACUGAGGAAGUUGAUAGGAGACUUUCAUCUUGAAUAGCAAAGAGCGCAAACAUCGAGAAGAUGAAAAGUCAGCACGAGCCGAGCUAGAACGGCGCAUAGCAAAGCAUAAUGACUUCCUCAAUCAAAUUGCCGCGAAGCGUACCGGCGCGUCAGCCGAGGACAUGCCGCCGCUAAUGUGCGACGUAUCAGCAACACAGAAGGCAGUGUUCCUGGUCACGAUUCCCAUUGCAUUCGGCAGAUUCAAAUUGUCACAUAACGCAUACAGUUUGUUGGCUAGACAUGUUGGGAUGUCCAUGGACGCUGUUAGCCAUUGGGCAAUUGCAGUCAUCGACCGCACUCUGGCACCUUCUUACUUCUACGAGUUAAUGAGCGAUGAUUUGGCGUUGAAUGCUUUGAUGAGGAACCAAUUCCGCUUCGAAGAGAUAACUUCGGAAUACAUCACCAGCUGGACAUCCUGCUACUACAUCGGCGAGACAACGCAAUCACAUGAGCAAAUUCUGCAGCUGGGCCAUCACCAUUUGACGCUGCAUCCUCGAUACAAGCUGCUUGACGACAACUGCCAAGAUAUGGUCGAGGUUCUCGUCAAACAUCUGUGUGACGGGAAAGUCAUCAGCCAGGCCAAGUUGAGAGAGGAACUGUCUUUGGCCUCGCCCAAGAUCGCGCUUGACCUUAUGAUGGCUAAAUUCAGAUCCAGGAUGGAUACGUUUGACGACCAUGAAGAUUCCGAAAAAGUAAAGAAUGAAAACGCAGAGGUCAAUGAGGACGUGAACAUAAUUAAUAGCUUAUGGCAGAAGAUCCAUAGAUGAUCUAAUUGAUGGGGUUUUAGUAAUUGCAAAGUCUCAAUGCCCCACCAUGGCACACCGAUUCCUAAGCAGGCGUGGGCAACGUACUGUGUGUUGUUAGCUUUGAGUCGUCGCUCAUCUUACUUGAAACUAGUAUAUUGUAUUUUAACAUCACAUUCUUUCAACAACCCCGGCACUUUGGCGGAGUGGUUAACGCGCUGCCCUGCUAUCUUU